AUGAAGGUCCAAACUUGCAUCGGAGGAUUCCUCCUCUUCGGAAGCUUGAGCGCUGCUCUUCCGAAGAAAGCCGAGUCUGUCGAUGGCGAUGAUCAAGUCGUCUACACCUGGUCCCUCCCCGAAGACAGAAAAGCCGUCACGAAACGUGCCGAAACCGAUGGUGACGACAAGGUCGUCUACACCUGGUCCCUACCCGACGACAAGACCAAGCGUGCUGCCGAGACUACCGAUGGCGAUGACAAGGUGGUGUACACAUGGUCACUGCCCGACGACAAGACGAAGCGUUCCGAGACCACCGACGGAGACGACAAAGUUGUCUACACUUGGUCCCUUCCUGAUGACAAGACCAAACGCUCCGAGAAAACUGACGGUGACGAUCAAGUCGUCUACACAUGGUCUCUCCCAGACGACAAGACUAAGCGAGCGGAGUCGAAGGAUGGUGAUGACCAGGUCGUCUACACUUGGUCCUUGCCCGAUGAUAAGGCCGGCAAGACGAAGCGCGCCGAGACUACUGACGGAGACGAUCAGGUAGUCUACACGUGGUCACUGCCAGAAGAUAAGGAUAAAGCUGUCAAGCGUGGUGAGACAACAGAUGGUGACGAUCAAGUGGUAUAUACCUGGUCGCUUCCGGAGGACAAGUCGACUUGA